CGCACGCGCACACACACCCCUUCAUUUGCGCUUUCUCUCCGUAGCGAAACACACACACACUUUCUGUCUGCUUGACGGAUGAGUGUGUGAUAAAUGGAGGAUCGAACCCUGCUGCAGAAUAUUAGACAGACUCCUAAACCGAGUCUCCCAGUUCUGAUAAUCUCCAAACUGGUGGCCAUUGCAUUACCUGUUGCUCAGCUCGUCAUUGGUGUGCUGUACCGGGAGGCAUGUCCUCUUCAGCCCCUCAUUCCGAUCUACCUGUUGGUCUCAGGUGCGUUUUCGCUUGUGCUGGUUGUGUUGUCGUGUCUCCCCUGCACUCAGGAGGAGGAGAAUGGUGGUGGAGCCAUCAGCACCUUAUGCACCACCUGGAACUCCCUUAUCACACUCUUCCUGUUCUGCUGGUUCAUUGCUGGUAAUGUGUGGGUUUAUUCCAUCUAUGAGCCAAGUUAUGACCAUCAUAUGCUGGCAUACUGUGAUAAGACGCUUUACCUUUUUGCCUUUUGGACCAUCACACUUGUCUACAUCAUCAUCGGUCUGAUCAUCGUAGCCAGCUGCUGCAUCAUGGUGUGCAUGUGUGUGUGCGGCCGAGUAGGAAUUUCUAGCUCCCUUACUGAUGACGUCUGAGACACACAUCAGACAUUUUGUUACAUACAUGUGUCUUCUACAGUACAUGCACACACUGUCCUGCUGAGAUUGGGGUGGUUGAUCUUUUCUAUAUGUGCUUAAUUGUGUGUGUUUGUUUGUGUGUGUGUGUGUGUGUGUGUGUGUGUGUGUGUGUGUUUUCACAUGUUCACACUGAUUUAUUCAUACAUUUUUGGUUUAUAUUUCACAUGUAAUGCUGAAUAUAAUAAAAAAAAUAUAUAA